AUGAAAAGUGAAAGUCGAAGAGUUGUGCAACGAGACGGAAUGCUUGAUUUUAGCGAGCUGAGUGACGCAAACGAGUUCGAUGCAUCAUUAGAUGAAGACACGAUGAAUGAAUCAGACAUAGUAUUUGAAGGAACGUCGUCAAAACAUUGUACGCUGGAAAUUGAAGAUUUUGAAAAGGGCGGACCUGUAUGGAUUGUCAACUGGAAAAUGACAGAUGACUUGAGUGAAAUUGCGCAGAAAUAUGCAACGAAAUGGCAGUGUUCUAAGCAGUGCGUCCGUCUUUCAACAAAAGAAAACGAUAGUGAAAUAGCGUUCGAUCAAUCACCUCAACAACUCAGUUUUGUUGCAAACGGUAUCACUCAGCUGCUUGUUCGUCAGAUGAAACAAUUCGCUCGUCCUGAAGAUAACCCGAAUCUCGUCAAAAUUGUGUUUCAAUCCCAAAACGGCAACGUAUCAAAGUGGAUACCAAAAGUCUGA